AUGCCAGAGCUUACUUCAAAGGGUAUUACCCUCUCCAAGAAGGGCUUCAACAAAGUUGUCACAAAAACUGCGAAGGAGAAUAAAAAGCGCAAGAAAUGCCGCAAAGAGAGCUCUUCUGCUUACAUCUACCAGGUGCUGAAGCAGGUCCACCCGGACACCGGCAUCUCUUCCAAGGCCAUGGGCAUCAUGAAUUCUUUUGUCAGUGACAUCUUUGAGCGCCUCGCAGCUGAGGCUUCGCGCCUGGCACAUUAUAACAGGUGCUCAACCAUCACCUCCAAGGAGAUAAAGACAGCCGUGCGCCUGCUGCUGCCUGGGGAGCUGGCAAAGCAUGCUAUGUCCGAGGGAACCAAGGCUGUCAUCAAGUAUACCAGCUCCAAGUAA